AUGUCCUUCCUCACUUCUGUCCGAGCUGGCUCCCGUCGCGCUCUACCAUCGAGCUACGCUCUGCCCUCCAUCUCUACCUUCCACACCUCCACGCCGCGAUGGACUCUCAAAGAGACCGACAAGAAUCGUGACGACCUCGCGAGCCACUAUGAAACCCAGAAAAACCAGCAGUUGAAGAGCCAGAAGGCUGGAACAGCAAAGUGGGACUCUGAACUAGCGAGUGCCAGCGAAGCGGAUGUCAAGGCGGAUCGAGGCGAAGUCGAUUCCUCGGAUAAGGCUUUCCAGGAGUUUCAACAGAAAACCAAACAUAUUCCAGAGCAAAAGUGA